AUGGACAUGGAUUUCAAACUCCUACUGAGCCUGAACCUGGGCAUGUGGCUGAUACGAGGUGAGACAACUACAUCCAGACUGUCCUCUGUCAAAGUGUUUUUUUCUUUACACUGUACGUUUGAGCUGCUAAUUAUAAAUAUAGGUUGUGUAUGACUUUUCCUGGGUCAUGUUCGUUAAGGCACACCAUAGUAAAACGUUUUGUAAUGGAAAACAAACAAGCAUUUUUUUUUUUUUGGGACACGUUCAGAAUCAGAUAUCACUUCCUUGUUUUAAACUUCAUUCAGGGCCAUUUUAUUCUGUUUGGUGCCUACUGACCACUGUCUUGGUCUUAUUGUUCAUUUCCUCUGCGGAUGGUUUCAGGCUCGGCUCCAGAGGUUUGGUUGACAGGUCUGCCAGGCACAGCUAGACUGGCAGAGAACAGCAAGGCUGGUACUGUGACCUACAGCUUCCAGGUGGCUCUGUCCCCAGGGGCGAGCUUGGCAUCAGGAUUCCCCAGGAUACUUAACUCUGACCCCCUCACCAACGACUUCACUGUGUCCAUGAUCAACACUACCACAGCACAGGUGAGGCAUUGCUCAACACUACCACAGCAAGGCCUCAUAAAUACCAGACCAUGGGUUCAAAUACUAUUUGAAAUCUUUCAAAUACUUUGAGCUUUUGUUUCAGCCUGUCUGGAGAGCUAGGUGGGACGGGGUUUACACUUUUGAGACGUAUUUGAAAUGAUUUCAAGUAAUAUUUAAACCCAGGUCUGAUACAGCCAACACAGAACAACGCCAUGUCUUGCCAAGUAAGAGUAAAGGUGGAUGAUUUCAUGAUACAUUUUCUGUUCUGAAUACAGGUAUCAGUAACAGGUACUACCAACCUGGAUUUUGAGACGUCACCCAACAACUUUGUCUUUCAAAUCCUCGCUGUGGACAGUAUGGAGGACAGUGCUCUUCAGAGACUCACAGUGAUCCUAACUGACGUCAACGAACCCCCUGUAUUCCUAGAUGAAGGUACUGUGUGUGUGUGUGUGUGUGUGUGUGUGUGUGUGUGUGUGUGUGUGUGUGAACAUGUGUGAUAUGGUGAUUAUGAUUUACACAGCCCAUUAUAACCUCCUGUGUGUUCCUGUAUCCUCUCAGAGUCUGUCCUGUAUGUUCUGGAAAAAUCCCCACCAAGACAGAUCUACAGGCCAACAGUCUCUGAUCCUGAGAACCACCCUGUGACUGUACCUCAACUACACACACACACACACACACACACACACACACACACACGCACACACACACGCAUGCACACACACACCACACACACACACACACACACAUACACACUGACUGACUGUAUGACUACCUCAACUACACACACACACACGCACGCACACACACACACACACACACACACACACACACACACACACACCACACACACACACACACACACACACACACACGCACACACACACACACCACACACACUGACUGACUGACUGUAUGACUAGCCCUACCACUGUCUCACACAUACCAGGGUUGGGUAAAUUCCAUUUCAACUCGGUCAGGAUGUAAACUGAAAUUCACUGUAUUGAAAUAGAAUUUAAUGUGCAAGCGCAAGCCUGACACAUACACCGUCUGUCUAUUAGUUGAUAUGCCUGACUAACAUGUUUUUUUUGUUUAUUUUAGUUUACACUGACCCCGUCAAACCCGGCGUUUCGUAUUGACACUGGCUCAGGUUUCCUGACUACAACCAAACAGUUCAACUAUCUGACUGACCCCAGAAGGUAGAGAUGUGUCUCCUGCACACAGACAUCACAUUAUAAUAUUUUAUGUCAGAGGAUUGGGUACUGCGCCGUUGAAAAAUGUCUCUCCACUGAUGUUGCAUACACGCGUUACCAACAUUUCAAUUGCCACCCCGCCACCAAUUUCACAUUGCUGACAGCAUACCACAGCAUUAUGUCAGUGGGUAGAGACGUCUUGUAAAUGUUACAUUCCGAUUCUUAUAUGUCCACCAUUCUGUGUCCUGCAGCUAUGCCUUCAAUCUGACAGUGAGUGACGGGAACAACACGGUAUCCAGAACACUGGUCAUCAACAUCGUCAACAGGAACGAUGAUAAACCCGAGUUCUUAAAGUCAUUAUUACUAUUUCACUGUCGGUUGAAGACUUCAGUAACAUUUCGCAUUAAGGCAUACUUUAGAAAAUAUUCAUAUACAUCGUUUACAGACGGUUAAUUAGUUUAUAGAUAGUUAAAGAAUUGGUCAUAAACUGCUGUCGGUAGCACACUGGUUGAAAUUGGGUGUUUCUCAUCUAGCUGCUUGGAUUCCUGUAUGACCUCACCCAUUUCUACCGUACAUAUCCUUCACGUCCCAAACAGUACAAUCACAGCCUUCAGUGUCUCCGAGGAGCUGAGUCCAGGGUUUAUCGUGACCAACAUCACAGCAGUGGUACCGGAUGACUCCUUUUACAUCGGCAUCAUCUUCUACAGCAUCAGCACCAACAACUACCUGGCUAUACACAGAUGUGAGUUCACUGCUCGGUCAUACGACACAUACUUACCAUACUUGACCACACUUAUGAUACUUGACCACACUUAUGAUACUUGACCAUAACUAAAAGGGAAUUUGUUCUGUGAUCAAUUAGUGAAGAUUGUCAUAUUCAGUUUUAACAAACAGUCCCCCCUACAAUUAGAAAACUUUGGAAUGUAGACAUACAGUAUGUGUUCAGCUUCAAAACCUGACUGAAAUAAAAAAAACUAUUAGCAUGAAACAACAUUUGUUCAUUUUCACUGUGUGUUUGUGUGUAUGUGUGUGUGUGUGUGUGUGUGUAUGUGUGUGUGUGUGUGUGUGUGCGCGCCCCUGUGUUUUGGUCUCUCCCAUGUCUCAGACACUGGCCUGGUGACCAUAGCCAACAGGAUGGACUGUGACUCAGCUCCUCUCAGGGAGGACCCCAUCAUAACGGUCACCGUGACAGCCACCUACAGCCCCUCUGGUCGUCCUCUCUCCAACACCAUCACUCUGACCAUCACCGUCACUGACAUCAAUGACAACCCUCCCAUCUGCUCCCCAGACACACCGAGGUUAUCUUUUUAUAUUGUUCUUUAUCUUUUAAAGGUAUUCUUUUCAGUAUUUUAUCCAACAUAGUUUGAGAGAGACAGUUAGGUAGGAAAGGAGAGUGUCAGAAGAGCUGCUGACACUAGUAUGUGCACUAAAGGCAGCAGCCCUUGAAUCCGUUACAUUGUUUCCUUCUUGUUUUCUCUGACUGGAUCCAGGGUGGCAGUAUCUGAGAUGGAAAAACCUGGGACCCUGAUCACCACGGUAACAUGUACAGAUAAUGACGUGGAGACAGCCUUCAGAGAGUUCCUGUUCACUGGCCUGUCCUGUCUGGGCUGCACCAACCGCUUUGCUCUGGAACCUCCGGGAUCCAAUCAGAUCGUAGUAAGCAGAAUAUUAAUCCUUAAAAGGGCCAGGAGUUUUUCCUGACCAGUGACAUGAAAGUAUGAAAUGACUGAAUGAUUCCAUUCAUGCAAAGUCACAAACGUAUACAACUAAAGUUGUUUACAAUUCUUUUGACGUACAGCUCAAAGGAAACCUAGACUUUGAAGAUCCCAGUAACCUGCUUGUUGGUGGUGAAUACAGCCUGUUGGCUGUGGCUGAGGAUCAGGAUGACAACAACCUAAAAGGUAUGUGACUGUUUAUUUGUUGGUUUGCUUGUUUAUUUUUUUAUUAGGUGACUGACUGCCUAGACUGAACACAAGUGUAUAUCACAAAGUACAGUACUGUGAUUUUUAUUCCACUCACACUCAUUUUGAACUCUGAUUCCCAUGGUCCUUUGCAGGUAGUGCAUACAUCUAUGUGACCGUGACGCCUGUGAAUGAGUUUCCCCCUGUGUUUAGCCCUCCAUCGUAUUUCUACAGAAUCUCUGAGCUUCUUGGACGUAAGUUACUACAACUAUCACAACUACACUACAACAACUACUCUAGAAACUAUAACAACUACACUAGAAAACUACAACAACUACACUAGAAACUAUAACAACUACACUAGAAACUAUAACAACUACACUAGAAACUAUAACAACUACACUAGAAACUAUAACAACUACACUACAACAACUACACUAGAAACUAUAACAAUUACACUACACUACAACAACUACACUAGAAACAGAAUCAACUACACUACAACAACUACACUGGAAACUAUAACAACUACACUACAACAACUACACUAGAAAAUAGAACAACUACACUACAACAACUACACUAGAAAAUAUAACAACUACACUACAACAACUACACUAGAAAAUAGAACAACUACACUACAACAACUACACUAGAAAAUAUAACAACUACACUACAACAACUACACUAGAAACUAUAACAACUACACUAGAAACUAUAACAACUACACUACACUACAACAACUACACUAGAAAAUAUAACAACUACACUACACUACAACAACUACACUGGAAACUAUAACAACUACACUACAACAACUACACUAGAAAAUAGAACAACUACACUACAACAACUACACUAGAAACUAUAACAACUACACUAGAAACUAUAACAGCUACACUACACUACAACAACUACACUAGAAACGAUGACAACUACACUACAACAACUACACUAGAAACUAUAACAACUACACUACAACAACUACACUAGAAACUACAACAAAUACACUAGAAACUAUAACAACUACACUACACUACAACAACUACACUAGAAACUAACAACUACACUACAACAACUACACUAGAAACUACAACAACUACACUAGAAACUAUAACAACUACACUAAACUACAACAACUACACUAGAAACUAUAACAACUACACUAAACUACAACAACUACACUAGAAACUAUAACAACUACACUAAACUACAAUAACUACACUAGAAACUAUAACAACUACACUACACUACAACAACUACACUAGAAACGAUGACAACUACACUACAACUAUAACUACACUACAACAAUAACAACAACACUACAUCUAUAACGACUACAACGACAACAUUGUCUGUUCCCAGAGCUGGCACAACCCGAUCUGGGACCAGGUGCGGCCAAAGUGAUGAUACUGAUGAAUGAUUGCUACAUUUGCUGCAGGUGUACACCACACCGAGCUCAUUGAUAUGUUUGUGUCUCUCCGUCCAGGUGGGACGGUGAUAGGAUCAGUGAAAGCUACAGACAGAGACCUCCCUGCCACGGCCGUCCGUUACUCCCUGAUCUCUGGUGGAGGAACUGGUGGUCUGUCUAACAUCUUCUCCCUGGACCCCAAGCUGGGUACCCUCACCCUACUGACCCGCCCAGACUACGAGACCACCCAGACCUACAUCCUGGUCAUCAGAGCUGAGGACGGGGACCCCAUCAGCCCGCUCAUCACCACCACCACGGUACCACGGCCUGGUGACCUUUAUACUGACAUAACAAGACAUUAUUCCUAAUGAUGUAAACACAGUCCAGUGCUUGUUUUUUCCAACCGGUUUUUUUUCGGCCUCCAGGUUGCCCUCGCAAAAGUUUUUUUAAACUUCAAUGGGUCUUACCUGGUAAUUAAAAACAAAUAAUAAGAUAUAUGUAUGCAUGUUGUUUAGGUCACUAUCAACAUCACAGAGGCCAAUGAUGAGCCUCCACUGUGUGGCCCCAACCGGACAGAUAUAAUAGUCCCCAAGGACCUUAGGACAGGCUCCAACAUCCAGGGCUUCAUGAUGACCUGCUCAGACAGGGACUCCCCUCCAGCCUCCUUCAUCUACUCCAUCUCAGGUAUUCAGAAAGCCUUUCAGUGUGACCGCUGGUCUAGGAUCAGGGUUCCCCCUGUCUAUAUAAUGUUACAUGAUACAAAAGGCAAAACUGAUCUUAGAUGAAUUGGUCUGUUGUGGCUCAGUUGGUAGAGCAUGGCGCGUACAACGCCAGGGUUAUGGGUUCGAUUCCCACAGGGGACCGGUAUGAAAUUGUAUGCACUCACUACCGUAAGUCGUGCUGCAUAAGAGCGCCUGCUAAAUGACUUAUCGUGCAUUUGGAAAGUAUUCAGACCCCUUGACUCUUUCCACAUUUUGUUAUGUUACAGCCUUAUUCUAAAAUUGAUUACAUUGUUUUUUUCCCCUCAUCCAUCUACACACAAUACCCCAUAAUGACAGAGCAAAAACAGGUUUUUAGAAAUGUUUGCAAAUGUAUUAAAAAUAAAAAACUGAAAUAUCACAUUUACAUAAGUAUUCAGGCCCUUUACUCAGUACUUUGUUGAAGCACCUUUGGCAGCGAUUACAGCCUCGAGUCUUCAUGGCUCACAUCAACACCAUCAUCCCAGAAACCCUAGACCCACUCCAAUGUGCAUACCACCCCAACAGAUCCACAGAUGAUGCAAUCUCUAUUGCAUUUCCCUUUCCCACCUGGACAAAAGGAACACCUACGUGAGAAUGCUAUUCAUUGAUUACAGCUCAGUGUUCAACACCAUAGUGCCCUCAAAGCUCAUCACUAAGAUAAGGACCCUGGGACUAAACACCUCCCUCUGCAACUGGAUCCUGGACUUCCUGACGGGCCGCCCCUAGGUGGUAAGGGUAGGUAACAACACAUCUGCCACGCUGAUCCUCACACGGGGGCACCUCAGGGGUGCGUUCUCAGUCCCCUCCUGUACUCCCUGUUCACCCAUGACUGCAUGGCCAGGCACGACUCCAACACCAUCAUUAAGUUUGCCGACGACACAACAGUGGUAGGCCUGAUCACAACAGUGGUACGCCUGAUCACCGACAACGAUGACACAGCCUAUAGGGAGGAGGUCAGAGACCUGCCGUGUGGUGCCAGGAUAACAACCUCUCCCUCAACGUGAUCAAGACAAAGGAGAUGAUUGUGGACUACAGGGAAAAAAAAGAGGACUGAGCACGCCCCCAUUCUCAUCGACGGGGCUGUAUUGGAACAGGUUGAGAGCUUCAAGUUCCUUGGUUUCCACAUUAGCACUCCUACUCUGAUGCUUUAUGAAUACCGGCCCUGAGCCAACUGAGAAACCUGUACUCUAGAUAUGAUCCAAGAAGACUGGUCUAUGUGACAGAGUUACCAUGACGUACUUAACUUUUAUGACUGUAUAAGAUACCAUAAGCUUGAUAUUUCCUAAAUGUUUCCCUAUAGGGGCCAGCAACCUGAACAACCAUUUUGUGUUCUCACCUUCCUCUGGCACCAACGUCACCAGACUCUUCCUGAAGGUGCCCUUUGACUAUGAGAGUGGCCUGGACCAGGUCUGGCACUACAGGUCAGAUAUUCUAUCUACUAUUGGUGCUCUGUCAGUCUGUACAACUCUCAGUCUGACAAACAUACUGUACAAUGCCCUCUGAACUGAGAACCUAUCUGGCCUUUGAUGGUUACAUGUAUUCUUAACCUCUAACUUUAUAUGAUUGAUUGGUUGGUUGGUUUGAUACAGCCUGACUGUGCUGGUUUCUGAUGGGAACCUGAGGUCUGGAAGGUCUAAGCCAAGAGGUCUGACCCAGACUGGCACAGUCAUCAUCAACAUCCGAGUAGUGGAUCCGGACCUCACCACCGUCAUCACUACAACUAUAGUGAGCAUGCCUUUAUCUCUAUACUGUAAUGAACCUAGCGUAAAGAAGGCAGAUAACCACUCCCCCGGGGGCGUUGCCUUCUUAAAGCAGUGAUUACGGCUGCUGCCUUUGGUCAUGGCGACCCGAAUUCGAGCUGUGCUCAGGGACCUCGUACCCUCCUGCCACUAUAUGGGCUCCUAACCAAUUGUGCUAUUUUGUGUGUUAAAAAAAUUUAAUAAAAAAAACUACAUGUACAAAUUACCUCGACUAACCUGUACCCCCGCACAUUGACUCAGUACCGGUACCCCCUGUAUAUAGCCACAUUAUUGUUAUUUUAUUGUGUUACUUUAUUUUUAUUUUAUUUUACUUUAGUUUAUUUAGUAAACAUUUUCGUAAAUCUAUUUUUUUUUUAAACUGCAUUGUUGGUUAAGGGCUUGUAAGUAAGCAUUUCACGGUAAGGUCUACAGCUGUUGUAUUCGGCGCAUGAGACAAAUACAAUUUGAUUCGAAUAAGGACAUUAGUAGUUGUUACCAUAACAACCAUUUGACACUUUUCUACAUCGACUCUGAACAACCCAUCUUUGAUGUGAAUUUCCUCACACCAUAGACUAGCACAAUCACAGUUAACCCUUCCCUUGCAGCCUCGUGUAACAUACAUCACCAUCACUGAGAACACAUACAGCGUGGAUGACUGGUAUAUAUGGUUCGUCAUUGCUCUGGGGGCCAUGCUACUGCUUGGUUUACUGGCCUACCUGCUGUAUCACCUCUGUGGGUGGCUGUACACGGCUCUUAAACACUGUGACUGCUCUUGCUGCGAACCCAGGCCCCGGGAAGAGAAGGAAGUACUGUGAGUAUUUACCUGCGAUACUACAUCUCCCAGUAGGCAAAGGUUGGUUGAAACGAUGUUGUUACAACCAGCUUACGAUGUCAUUACAAAUCAGUUUGAUGUCCUUUCAACCAGUUUUUGCCUGCUGAGCUGAGCCGUGAGGGAAUCAUUACACGGCUGUGGGAGAAUCAAGACAUUGUUGAUGACAGAAAUGUAUAUUUCAUGCAUUACUAAUGAUAUCCUUUCUUUUUUUUCUGUCACAUAGGAUCCCAGAACCAACACCUCCAAAGAGGGAAAUAUUAAUGGUAAGAGUCUACCUACAGUAUGUGUUAAUGUGCCACUGUGUUCUAGGACAUCUAUUCAAAUGUUGCUGACCGCUCUCUCUAUUCCAGGAAGUGACCAAGAUCAACACUGUAUUUGAUGGAGAGGAAGUUGAUCCUGGUAAAUUUAUCUAAUUUCCUGUUAUCUGUUCUGAGAUGAUCUAAAACCUAAUUCUGACCUUUUGCAUUUUUUGGUCAAUUUUCAGUCACGGGGAGGGUGUACGAGUACAACAGUCAGUCUGGAGCCAGACGCUGGAAGAACGUUACCACCGUGUCCGAGUCUCUCCCUAUGAUACAGCUAGAGAGCAGCAGCAUGGUCAUUCCUGAUGGUCAGCAUGGUCAUUCUGCCCAAUCACAGGCUAGGAUUGGGAGGGGGAGGACUGGCACUGGCCAAUCACAGAUGAGGAGUGAGGGAGUGGGCAGGGCCACAGAGGAGAGAGGAUCUCCCUGGUCCAGUCUGGACCGUCUGCAAGGUCUGCUCUUUCAGAAGGAGGGGUAA